AUGCGUUCCAAGUUCAAGGACGAGCACCCGUUCGAGAAGCGCAAGGCCGAGGCGGAGCGCAUUCGCCAGAAGUACAACGACCGCAUUCCCGUCAUCUGCGAGAAGGUCGAGAAGUCGGACAUCGCGACCAUCGACAAGAAGAAGUACCUGGUACCCGCCGACCUGACCGUCGGACAGUUCGUCUACGUGAUCCGUAAGCGCAUCAAGCUGUCACCUGAGAAGGCCAUCUUCAUCUUCGUUGAUGAGGUUCUGCCGCCUACCGCCGCUCUCAUGAGCUCGAUAUACGAGGAGCACAAGGAUGAGGAUGGCUUCCUGUACAUUACGUACUCCGGCGAGAACACAUUCGGCGAGGCCAUCUAG